AUGGUAGUGGGGAUGGUGGCGAGGGUAGUGGAUGGUGAUGUUGGUGGUGGCGGUGGUGGUGGUUGUGGUAGUGGUGAUGGCAACGACAAAAGUGGAGGAAUGUUGGUAGUGCCAACAGUGCGGUGGGGCUACUAUGGUUAUGGUGGUAAUGGAGGCGGUGGUGGUGGCAACGAUAGUGGUGGCAAUGGUGGUUGUAGCGGUUGUGAUGGUUGUUGUGGAGGAGGUGGUGUUGGUGGUGGUAGCAACAAUAAUUGUGGUACUGACAGUGGUGGUGUAAGGUGA